AUAGCCACUAGCUACAUAUAUUUAUUCUGUCAUUCUCAACCAAAAAGCUAUGUUAUCAUCAACAUAUUGAAAAUCCACAUAUAGUUAUCCUUCCCUCUUUCUCAAUCUCUUUCUUGAUUAUGCACUUAGGCAAAAUCCUAGCUUAACCUAAGAGAUUAAUGAUUAUUUGUCUGUCUCAAGAGUAUUAAUUAACCUUGUUUUGCUUCUUGCUGCAGCUAGCUUAAUAAAUUGACAAACUCAGAAGAUGUUGUGGUUCUUUCAACUUCAACAAAAAAGCUAAGAGUAGUACUACUUGUGCUUGUAUAUCCGUCCUUCUCAAAGCUCUAGUCCCACUUCAAUGUAUCCGUCAAGCAACAGCUGUAAUUACAGCCUCAAUAUUUCCUCCUCAAAUAACUUAUUCCACAUUCCAUCUCCUAAUUCUAUGCAAUAUGAACACGAACUUUUCCAAUAUUUUCAUGACCAUCAUCUCCUUCAACCCCAACAACAACUACUCUUGACUACACCUGAUCAUUACAUGGCAGCAGAUUCCAACAAAGAUACCGUAAUCAGUAGUACUAAUCAAGAUCCUGAAGAAGUUGAAUUACAAGGCAGCUGCAACAACAAAAAAGGUGACAAUAAGAGAGUUGCUGCAGCUUACAAGAAAGAUAGACACAGCAAGAUUAAUACUGCUCGCGGCCCUAGAGAUCGAAGAAUGAGACUUUCUCUCGAUGUUGCUCGCAAAUUUUUCAAUUUGCAAGACUUGCUUGGAUUUGAUAAGGCCAGCAAAACUGUAGAGUGGUUACUAACAAAGUCCAAAUCUGCUGUCAAUGAGCUCGUCCAAGGCAUAAAUAAAGAAAAUUGCAGUACUGCUAAUAUUGGUGCAAUUAGUACAUCCUCUACUACAUCUGAGUGUGAAGUUGUAUCAGGAUUUGAUGAAUCUACAACCACUAAUGAUAUUCAGAAGCAGCCAAAUAGAGGUAAAGUAGGGGAGAAGAAGAAGGCUAAUAAACUAGUUCGUAGAGCUGCAUUUAAUCCAGUGGCAAAGGAAUCAAGGAAACAAGCUAGAGCGAGGGCAAGGGAGAGAACAAAAAUAAAGAAAAGCUUCUUAAAUAUUGGUGAUCAGUCUAUGGCGGCUGAUGAAUUAAAACGAUUAGGAUGUUGGAGUCCUUUUGAAACAGGUGAAGAAUCAGGUAUUCAAGGUACUAAUCAUCAAGUUGAAGAACACAUUACGCACAACGAGGAGCAUAUUUUAGGGACUAAAGAGAAUGUUGAUGACUGUAAUUUGGUUGUUACUGGCAACUGGAACCCAUAUACCAUCUUCAAUUAUCACCACAAUACUGAAAUUUCUCACGAGCAACAAUUUACAAACUUCCAGUUUUCUGGGAAGUUUUGGGAAGCUUAGGAGAAGGAAAUUCAAUGCGCCACCUGUUGUUGAUUUAGUGCAACUCAACCAGAAGAAGACUAUUUGGUUCCAUUGGUAAUGUAAAAUAAAUUUGUCUAUUUCAUUUUGCGUAUUCUAUGAAUAACUUGUUUGUAAAUAGAUUGAUCCUUUUUUUUUCUCUUCCUUUAGUCAUUCCAAAAAUGUAAUCAAAAUUAAUUUUGAAUUUUAA